AUAUAGAGACUAAAGAGAGAGAAAAUUUAGAGAGAGAGAGAGAGGGGUCAAAUCGAGUGGCGAAAGGUUGGGUGUCUUCUUUAGAAUUUUUGUGGUGGUGGUGUUAGUUUUAGCUAAGAAGGGUUUUCUAACAAAAAAAAAAAAAAAGAACUUAGAAAGAAGAGAGAGAAAAAAAAACCUGAUAACUCAGAUAACAUUACUGAAGAAGCUAGUUCCAUGUUCCAAUUCCCACACAAGAAAUAGACAAAAACUUCACUUUUUUCAUUCAUCUCUUCCUCUUUCACGCUUUGAUUUCAUGUAAUUCCCUUAUGGAUCCCUUUGUUUUGAUUCGUAAAGGGUUCGGUUGACAUUUUCUGGAACUUCCGAUUACUGUAUUUUGAAGUUCAUCUAUGUUUUAGUAAUUUUGUUCAUAUUCUAGUCUAGUUAAUACUUAAUAAUGAGUUUAUCUAAGAAAGGAUCUUCAACAGACACCAAACUGAGCUCGCCCAACAAGGCAACAUCUUUGAAUCCGAAUGCAGCAGAGUUUAUUCCAUUUUCCCUCAGAUCAUUGCCAUCUGGAAGUACUAGCUCGGUAGAUGCAUCAACAAGGCUUACAACUUCCGGUUCUAUUGGUAAAGCAGUUUUAGAUCGAACAGAAUCGUCAAUUUCAAAUAAUUCUGACGAUGAGGCUCACCGGUACUGGCGUUGUCAACUCCCCGAUGAUAUCACCCCGGACUUCAAGGUCAUGGAAGAAGAAGAAGAACCACAAGGUCUUAACGACCUCUCUUUAGCAGGCUUAUCUAUACACGACGAAAAUGAAUCCUCAAUGGGCAGUAGAUUUAUGCUAAAUGGGCAGCAGGAAUUAUCUCAACAGCACCUUAAUGGAAACUCCUUUGCUGAUAAGUUAAGGUUUUCCAAUUCAACCUACAGGGAGGAACCAUCUUCAGCAAGCUUUUUGAGCUCAUUGGCAAAGCCUUGGGAUGGACCGAUUGGGAAUACCAACCUUCAUGUUAACAGUGGUCAAGAGGCACUAGCUUAUGAUGACAAUGCUUCACAUGGAUUCUUAAACGAUGUUUUGACUGAGAAUGCUAUCGUGGACGAAACUGAUUUUAACCCUUUGGAAUUUUUAGCUUCUCUAUUCCCUGGUUUCGCAUCAGAAAGCCUUGCUGAAGUUUACUUUGCCAACGGAUGCGAUCUACAUCUUACCGUUGAGAUGCUCACUCAGUUAGAGAUACAAGUUGAUGGUAAUUUCGGCCACAACCCGAGUCCAAAGACUCUGUCAUCUCCCAAUCUGACUGCAAUGGACUUUCCAGCACUUGCUCCAACAAAUGGCCAGACUACUGGUGCAAAAUAUGCUGCGGAUAAUGUUCAACAAAGUGGAAGUCCUUACUUAUCGUCCGCCAAAGAUUUGCUCAUGUUCAAAACUAGCUCUUCUAUUCCAUCUAGAGGCGCUACCGACUUUGCUACAGCGGUCAGGAAAUUGGCUUCUCAGGAUUCUGGAAUAUGGAAGUAUGAUAGAAAUGGUUCCGGUGAUGCUUCCACUGGAUCAAGUAGGAGUUUAAAUGUUCUCGCUAGUGCCUACAAUGGUGGACAGGGGAGAGCUAACCUUGGUGAUAGAUUACAGAACCGUGGUUCUGCUCGAGCAGCUCCUGUUUGGCUCGAAACUGGUGAUUCCGUUGCAAAUAUGUAUUCUGAACUACGGGAGGAGGCUCGUGAUCAUGCACGCUUACGUAAUGCAUAUUUUGAGCAGGCGCGGCAAGCCUACCUUAUUGGCAAUAAGGCCCUUGCAAAGGAACUAAGUGCGAAAGGGCAACUGCAUAACAUGCAUAUGAAAGAAGCUCAUGGGAAAGCUCAAGAAUCUAUUUACCGCCAGAGGAAUCCUGUUGCUCCAGAGAUGCAGGUUAACGGAAGAGGACAUGAGAGAAUGAUAGACCUCCAUGGACUCCAUGUAAGUGAAGCGAUUCACGUGCUGAAACAUGAAUUGAAUGUGCUAAGAAGCACAGCCAGAGCUGCGGAGCAGCGUUUUCCGGUAUAUAUCUGUGUCGGUACCGGCCAUCAUACCAGAGGUUCCCGCACUCCUGCUAGACUUCCGAUAGCUGUACAGCGUUAUCUACUCGAAGAAGAGGGCCUUGAUUUCAUAGAACCGCAGCCGGGCCUGAUUCGUGUUGUGAUAUAUUGAGCCAAGUGAUAUGAACAAGAAGUAUACAAGUUUUUGACAGUAAAAAUCCAUGAACAUAGAGAUGUUGUAGUCAUUCUUGUAUCAUGUAUAUGGGAAGAAAUGCUGAAAAAAAUGGAAAAAAAAAAGAUCUUUAGAAGAAAAAAAUGGAAAAGAUUAGAAUGAAAGAGAAGGGUUGUAGUAGAAUUGUACCAUUAAGGUCUCAAUGAGGCAUAGUCAUCAGGAAACUCCACGUUCAACUUUUUCCUUCUGUUAAUUUUGUACCUUAAAUUUUCAUUUUGUUAAAUUUCUUUUUUUCUUUUUUGUUUUUUGAUUCAGAUGUAACUGAUAGAAUUCAAUUACAUGAUAGAACUAUUCACCUUGCAAAUUAGAUUCAAUGCCAAACAAUCUCCCAGUUUGGAACAAAUGUUAUAGCA